AUGCUUCGUUUGGCCCAGCCUGGUCCAAAGGUCCAGCUUUCAUGCAGAGCUCUGUGGGGCAACUACGACUUAGUUGAGAGAGGAAGGUUCUCGGUCUGGUCCCUUUUUAUUGCCAUCACUGCCAUAGUCGCAUUUGCCUUGGGUUUGAGCACAGGGAGCUUCAACUACAGCGAGCACAUGCGAGGCAUCUACGAUGUGCAGUCGCUGAAUGCCUAUGUAGAGGUCAACCCAGCCACAAUGCGUGGGCAGGAGUUGAUGGAUGCAGGGAGAGUUCAAUUUGUCUCCGGCGCCAACGUGGACCUGAACUUGGCGGAUGGGUUCAAGAACACGGAUGUGUAUUGCGUUGCGCCAAUCACUUUGAAUGGUGCCUCGCUGGCGUCCUAUGACUUUUGGGCAGUGGGCAAAAACUGCUGCUCAGACAAGCUGGCCGACUUCAGAUGUGGCGCGUACAAAAGCCAGGGAUUGAAAGGUGGCGUGAGAAUCACGGACGACGUGGAUCGUGACUUUUACAGGCUCGCCGUGCAACAGGCACAGUCAGCUCAUGCCAUCAAGGCAAUCCACCCUCUCUUCUUUGAGUGGACGGAGAAUUCCUUCGAUCAGAUGAUGGAGGAUGAGCGGGCUGGCUACCAAGUCUUCCUCAUGUCGAUGCUUGGGCACUUCAUUUUCCAAGCAAUCUUGACGGCGCUACCCUCUAUUUGGUCCACCGCGACCUACACGCCCUUGGCCAAGUCCAAGCAGAUCCUCCUGACACGGCCUGGACAGGUUGACUUCUUCUUCCCCGGUUCUUUCAAGCAAGGUGGAGACUACGUUCAGGUCAGUGAAGUGGCAGAGGUCCACAUCAUCGCCGCUUACGACGUGGAGACCGGACGUUGCUAUUCGGGCUUGUGCUUGCAAGCACAUCCCAACUUCCCACACAAGUUUUCUCGCGCAGUGGAAGAGGUGAAAGUCAAUCCACAAAAGGAUCUUGAGGAAGAGACUUCGCCGGAUGCAAGCCCGUCGUCUAUCAAAAAGCUCAGCCAGCAAUGCAGCUGGAUGAGCCGUAGCCCCUCCGGGGCCAAACUCAGCCCAUCCAACAGGAUGGCAAAGUCCGCGUCCCGCAGCAGUGGACUCUCAAUGGAGAAGUUCGGAGAGCUGGACGAGCCUCCACCAACACGGGAGCAGCAGUGGCUUUGCUGCCUCUUCUACGCUAUCAAGGAAGGAAUCUUGGUCUACUUUGCAGACGACGUUCAGAGUUGUGAGCAGGUGGUGCGGUCAGUGCAAUCACGCUACCGCGACGUGGAGGACUUAGCUGCCAGUCUAAAGGCUCCAACAGCUCCCAGCAGCCAUCCACAGGCCCAGAUUUGUCGGCACAACGUGGGGGGCGCACCCCCAGUGGCUGGGCGCAUCAUCACACGAGUCCUGCAAGAAGACUUGCAGCGCGAGUUUCAGAUCAUGUCUCCCGUUGAGAAGCAGCCCGACACGACGAAUUGCGUUGUGUUCUGCAUGCGCGUGGUGAAGGGCUUCCAGAUGGCUCUGAGAGGCUUCGACAUUGUGAAGGCAGGGGAGUCCAACCCAUCAAUUGGGCGCCGAGCAGGAGACAUUGCCGGAGAAGCUUGGGAGCGUUUGUGGAGUCGAAUCUAGCUCCCAGGUUCGCACAAACUACUGGUCCGACCGGUCCGGAGCGGGUGCUCUACUGCUCAGUGUGAUUGCCGUGCACAUUUUCGCAUUUGGUGGUCACUUUUCAUGACAGGAGCAAGGGAACCCUCGGUUUGGUAGUCUGAAGUUCAAUUUUCGUGGCAGAUCGCUUUCCUUCGAUGUGCACAUUUCCUGGCAGGGCCUUUGUGAGUGCGGGGUUGAAAGGAAGUAUGCAUGGACCGC